AUGGAAACGAGCCUGAGGAAUUCUGAGUUGGAGAUGGAGGAGGCCCCGGAGAACCCGCCUUCGCGCUGCUCACGGAGACGUGCCUGCCGAAAGCAAGAGGUCACGGUUAGUGCGUGCGCUGCUGAAAACAUGCCUUUUGGCAUGAGGACCCGUCCUGCAAACCAGCGUGAUUUAGAGCAGCCCCCAGGACCAGAUCAGCGGCAGCACUUCGAUAUGAACCGCGCUGGCGCUCCUCUCGGCCCCUGCAGCCCUAGCUUGGUGUUUGAUGAAGAAAGACCCUUGAGGUCCCUCUGGGACACUGGCACCGUGGGGCUGGGUGUUGUAGGAGUGGGCCUGGAGCAAGGCUUAGCGGUUUUCCUCCUGCAGGCGCUCAAGGCCUUGGGCUUGCCAUCCGCCAUCGUCGAUAUUAUUGUUGGAAAAGAUGACAAAGGCAGAAAGAUUCCAGAAUAUCUGAUCCAUUUUAAUGGUUGGAACAGAAGCUGGGAUAGAUGGGCAGCUGAAGAUCAUGUUCUUCGUGAUACAGACGAGAAUCGCAGAUUACAGCGUAAACUGGCGCGGAAGGCUGUGGCUCGCAUGAGAAGAAAGGGAAGAAAGAAGAGACGUUGCAGGUUGCCUGGUGUUGACUCUGUAUUAAAAAGCCUUCCUGCAGAGGAAAAUGAAGAGAGUAGUGAAAACUCUAUAAGUAGUUCUUCUUGUGAUGACAGUGAUGAUGGAACAGACGAAGAAAUAAGAAGUGAAGAAAGUGACACUGAUGAGAGAACCGAAAUGAAAGAAGAACAAGACAGUCACACAAAAAGGGACAUGGAAGAAAGAGCAAUAAGCAUAGAAAUUCCUGAAGUCUUAAAAAAGAAGCUUGAAGAAGACUGUUAUUAUAUUAACAGAAGGAAACGGCUAGUGAAGCUUCCUUGUCAGACGAAUAUAAUAACCAUCCUGGAGUCAUAUGUGAAACAUUUUGCUAUUAAUGCUGCUUUUUCAGCCAAUGAAAGAUCUCGACAUCAUCAAAUGACUCCACAUGCCAAUAUGAACCUUCAUUACGUGCCACCAGAGAAGAAUGUUGAGCUAUGUAAAGAGAUGGUGGAUGGGCUGCGAAUAACCUUUGACUUCACACUUCCCCUGAUUUUGCUCUAUCCUUAUGAACAAGCCCAAUUUAAGAAGGUGACAUCAUCAAAAUUCUUUCUUCCAAUCAAAGAAAAUUCAACAAACACUAACAGAAAUCAGGAGGAGCUUUCCCCAAGUCCUCCCCUUCUGAACCCCCCAACACCUCAGUCGACGGACAGCCAGCCCACGACAGGGGAGCCAGCCACGCCGAAAAGGCGAAAAGCGGAACCUGAAGUUCUGCAGUCGCUGAGACGAUCGACCCGCCAUAGCUCUAACUGCGACCGCCUCUCCGAGAGCAGCGCCUCCCCGCAGCCCAAACGGCGGCACCUUGAGACUCCGGCGUCUAUGCCAAAGCUCUUCUUGCACCUGGAGAAAAAAACCCCUGUUCAUAGUGGAUCAUCUUCACCUAUUACUUUGACUCCUAGCAAAGAGGGGAGUGCGGUUUUUACUGGCUUUGAAGGUAGAAGAAACAAUGAAUUGAAUGAGGUUUUGUCAUGGAAACUGAUGCCAGAGAAUUACCCACCAAGUGAUCAACCACCACCUCCUUCGUAUAUCUACGGAUCUCAACACUUGCUACGAAUGUUUGUAAAACUACCAGAAAUAUUGGGGAAGAUGUGCUUUCCUGACAAAAACCUAAAGGCUUUAGUAAAACACUUCGAAAUGUUCCUGAGGUUUUUAGCAGAGUACCAUGAUGAUUUCUUUCCAGAAUCUGCUUAUGUAGCUGCAUGUGAAGCCUACUACAGUACUAAAAAUCCUCGGGCCAUCUAUUGAAGCUCGAAAUGAAGAUCAAAUCUUCCUGUACGUAGCCCAUAUUUUGCCACAUGGCUACAAGAUGAAGAUGAA